GGGUGUGCCAACAAACAACCCCACAUACAGUGUCUUUGCGCCCUUCGCUCGUCCCCGUAUGUUACACUUUCAUUAUUGGAAAGAUUUGGCUGUUUCUUGGCUGAAGCACAAAAAAUAGUAUUGCCAAGUGUCAUUUUAAAUUGACUGACAGGCACUGAAUUGACGGCAACAUUACGUGAGCAUUGAACCUGAGUCAAACUUCUCUCGUAUUAUCUUUCAAGUAUCAAAUUAAAGAUUGCUCUAGUCAACAAACAUUUAAAGAAAAGCAAUGGAUGCGCGUCGGCUACCAAACCAGGAGCUAGACAUCUCCCCUGAAGAGACCAAGUGGGUCAAAGAUUGCAUAAGUAGUAAAACAUAUACCCACGUUGUUCCAAUGGCACUAGGCAGUCUUAUCGCUAUGAAAUUUGCCAGCAUGAAAGGCUACCACCUUGGAAUGUUGGCCAGAGCAGGAGUUGUUUGUUCAUCUCUGGUUUUGGGACGUCUUGCUUCUAUACCAUCAUGUCUUGAUGCAGCUGAAGCGCAGUUUCCAGAUGGAACAAUCGUAGCUGCUCGGAGGGGAAACAGAGAACAGCGACAACCCAGAGAGGUGGCAUUUGCUCCUGACUCUCCAGAACAAAUGCCAAUUACGGACUACAAUGCUUCCAAAGUGCCACAAUCUUCACCUCAGCAAUCAUCUCAGUUUGCCCCUUCAGCUAGUCAACAGACUUAUGAUGAUUUACGUCGUAGAAACAGAGAUCAGUACACAAGCAGAAGAACGGCUCCGGCUGCUCCCAGUCCAGCUGAUGCCUCAAGAGAGUUGUACCCUCCGCCACAGUCACAACGUCCAGAUGAUGCCCCAUAUGAUUCUCAGUAUUCACCACCAAUAUCAUCGUCCUAUUCUGACCCUCCGUCACCCUACGCUGAAAGCACUCCUCUAAUAUCGUCAAUUCAGUCGGAUGAUGAUGUGCCGUCUAAAGUCAGGAGACGCAAAAGGGUUAAUAUCUAUGGAGAUGAGAUUGAAGAUUAGCUGGACCAGCUCCCGUCUAUUUUUCUCCUUACUGCUGAUGAUUAGGUGAAGCAAAAUUCCUUGAAGAAUUGACGUGAGCCCUUAAUAAGUUAGCAUUUUGGUAAUUUAUUCUUCAAAAACCAGAGAAGCCCAAAUAAGAACCCUGGUGGACUCAUAUUAUCAGUAUCUUCAGCAUACGCUUGUACUUCAGGUAUUGACAUCUCUACCACCUCUA